AUGGGAUUCGGGAGCGAUGCGCGCGCGGGCGCGGCGCGCGCGAGGCCGGGCGAGGGCGGAUGGGCGAGGGGAGGCGCGACGCGAGGGCGACGCGCGGAGACGCGCGCGUCGAGCGACGGGUCGCUGCGGAUGACGUACGAGGCGAACGAAACGACGACGACGACGACGACGACGACGAUGGGAGUCCCGUCGGGAUCGUCGAAUGAUGGACCGAAUUCGACGCCGCCCGCGAUGCGGGCGCUGCUCACGGCGGGAGCGGUGGUAGGGGCGGUGUGCGCGGCGGAUUACGCGUUUGUGACGGCGGGCGGAUUGACGUGGGCGGCGACGCCGGGGGCGAGCGCGAUUCGUGCGUCCGCGGCGACGCUCGCGACGCUGGUGUCGGCGUACGUGUGGAGUAAAUUUGGCGGGAUGGCGAGCGCGCCGGGGGCGUUGGCGAUGUGCGUGACGUAUGCGUUCGGGUCUCUGUUGUCCAUCGUCGUCGUCCAAGCGUACAAGGUGAGCGCGACGUGCGUGCUCAGCGCGGGCGCGGCGUGCGCGGCGACGUGCGCGGCCGCGUGGUUGGUUCGCACGCUCGCCGAUUCGUCCAUGUUUGAAGGAUCGUACGACGCGCAAGUUCACGCGCAGGCGAUGGCUCGGGGGGCCAAGUCUUUCGAACGCCUCGAGGCGCUUCGCGAGGUGAUGAUGCGCGAGUUUGAAGCCGAGAUGGCUGAGCUCGAGCAGAAGCAAUCUCAGUUUGCGAUGGAAAUGUCGCGCGUGGAGGAGCGCCACAAGCGUGAAAUCGCCCGUUUGCAGAUGGACAUCACAAAGUUGCGCGAUCAAAAUAACUCACACGCCGCCGACAAGGCCAAGGCUCUCGAACAAGCCAAGGCGCAGUUUGAAGCCGAAAAGCGACGCAUGCGCGAGGCGCACGAGCGCGACACGGCUUUGCUCAAGGAAACGAUCUCGAAGCUCGAGACUGAGGUCGCGGGCAUGGAAGGCAAAUUUGCGGACGAGCGUAAGGAUCUAUUGUCCAAAGUGCGCGCCGCCAAGGCGUUGUACCAGGCCCAAAGAGCGAUGAUGUACUCUGAAGUUUCCAAGCUUCAAAAAGCCAUCUCCGUCAAGGAGGCGCAAGCCGCGGACUGGCACGCCAAGGUCACGGCCAUUGAAGCCGAGAAGUUAUCGCUUAUUUCCAAGCUCGAAGAGGCGGCUGCGAAUGCAGAAACAUCCGCCGCCGAACUCGUCGCCGCCGUGGCUGAAGUGCAGUUCGAAGCCGAACGCGAGUUGCAGCGCGCCAUUGCCGAGGCUCUCGCGGAGCGUCAAGCGCUCGAGCUUCUCAUGAACGAUAAGGAAGCGGCUUGGAAGGUUGAGAUGCGCGCGGCGAUCACUGAGGCGGAGAUGAAAAUAAAUGAAGACGCCAAGAAGAAGCUCGCCGAUCUCGACGCCAGGCAUACCGAAGCCAUCGCGCAACUCAUGCGCGAGCACCAGGCCAAGAUGCAGCAAGUCGAAUCCGAAGCCGAGAAGCGCGGCGCGAGCGCCUUUGCGGCCGAAAAGGCGACCUUAGAGGCGACGUACCGAAGUGCCGCUGAUGCAGCCCAAAAGGCGCACGCUGACAGCCUCGAGCAAACCAAGGCGGCGAGCGCCAAGGAUGUCGAAGCCAUUCGCGCCGAGAUGGCUGUCCUCAAGGCGACGUACGAGAGCGCCGCUGCCGCCGCGCAAACCGCGCACGCGAGGAGCCUCGAACUAGUCAAAGAAGGAGCUGCGCAAGAUCUCGUAGCCGCCAAGCAAGAAAUUAUCGAUGCCGUGGCUGAACAAAUUCACCUCAACGAGAUUGAAAAGAUGCAGCUCGUCGCCGAGAUGAAGGAAGAAGAGCUCGAAAUGACGGCGGAGCUGUUGGCUGAAAAGGAUGCCGCCAUCGCGGAGCUUCAAAAGCAACUCAAGAUGUCCAAGAAUGAGCGACGAGCGGUGUUCGAUCUUCUCAAGUCCGAAUCCGAAAAAAUGAAGAUGUUCACGGGCGACAACUUGAAGAAGGAGAUUGAAAGUGCCGAAGAAAGGCUGAACUUGUUCUGGUCAGGCAAGAUGGAGCGCCUCGGCGCGGCGCACGCCGUCAAAGUUGAAAAGAUGGAAAAGGAUACCAAGAGCAAAGUACGUCAGCUGAAGGAAGACGCCAAGCAAGAACUCGCGGCGCAACUCGAGUUCACGGCCAAGGCUACUCGUGUCGCGGCCGAAGCCGAACUUGAGAAGCAGUUGGCGAACGCUACACGCUCGAUGGCGGCGGAACGCCGCGCCUUGAAAGCGCUCUUUGAUUCCGAAACUUCAAAGACGCAAAAGCUCGUCUCGUCGUACGAGUCUAGAAUCAAUGCGUUAGAGAUCGCCGAGAAAGCUGCCAAGGAAAAGGCGCAAGCGUACGAUGCCGAAAUCGACGCAUUGAAGAAGCAAUCGCAGAUUUCGCUUGAAUCUGCUCUCGCUUCUCGAGAGGCUGAGGUCGAGAAGACGUGGUUGACGAAGAUGGAUGAACUCGAACGCGCGCAUAAGGUGCAGAUCGAAAGAAUCAACGCUGAUCACGCGAAGGCAAUCGCUGAAUCGCAGUCCAAGCUGAAGUCUGCCGAAGCUGCGCAAGCUGAAGCCAUCAAGGCGAAGAUGGCGCAACUCGAGACAGACCUCGCUAAGACGACCAAAUCCCUUGAAGACCAACUUGCUGCGGCGCGUGAAGACGCUGCGCGCCAACUAGCGGCGGAAAAGUCGCGCACUGCCGAGGCGAUCCAAGCCGCGGCUAUCCAGGCUGAAGAUGGGAGUGCGGCCAAGAAGGAGCUCGACGCCCUGACAGCCAAGUUUAGCUCGACGGAGAGCGAGUACAAGUCGACGGUUCAAAAGCUUGAGGCUGAAAUUAAGGCUCUUGAACUGAAGGCGGCCGCGGCGGGCACCGAUGCCAAGGCACAAUUUGAAGCCGAAAUCGCGACGCUCAACGCCAAACUCAAGGAGGCUGAAGAGGAAAUCAAGGAAUUGGAAUCGCAGCUCAGUGAGGCGAAGAGUGCGGCGGCAAACAAGGUUGCCGAGUUGGAGAAGCACUUCGCUGAUGAGAUGCACGAGCUCAGAAGCGCGUUCGAUGCGCAAGCGAAGGAAGGCGUGGCCGCUGUCUCGUCGGAGCGCGACGCACUCAGCGCUCGCAUCGCCGCUCUUGAAGCAGAACAUGAUCAGAAUUUGUCCUUGGCCAAGGCUGAUGCCGAAAAGGCGAAGGCUUCAGCUGUUCAAUCGCUCGCCGAUGUUGACGCCCAAAUUUCAGCGCGACUCGCGGAGCAAAAGGCUGAACUUGACGCCAAAUUAGCCGCUCAAAUCGAAGAGCUUCGCAAACGUACCGAUGCGGAUGUUGCGGCAGCUAGCAAAGCACUCGCAGACGCCAAGGCUCAAUACGAGGCGGACGUCGCCGCGCUCAAGGCUCAAAACGCUAGAGAUCUCACCGCGGCAAAGGAAGCCGCAGAGAGUGCCGAUGCGGUUUUGCUUUCGAAGAUUUCCAAGCUCGAGACUGAGCAAAAGAGCGCAUUACAAAAGGCGAAGGAACAAGUGGAAGCGGAGUACGGAGCCAAGUUGACGAAAGCGCAAGCAGAAAUUGACGCACUCAAGGCGAAACUCGCGGAUGCCGAGAAGCAGAACGCCGCACAAGCUGAAAAAGAACUCGCCGAUGCUCUCACCAAAGCGGCUCUCAUCCCCGGGUUGCAACAACAAGUCGACGAGCUCACUAAUUCGUUGACGAGCUCCAAGGCGUCGUAUGAAUCCACUUUGAACAAGUUGCAACAGGAUCACGCCGCGGAGAUUGAUAAAUUGAACAAGGAUCAUGUGGCGGCGUUGAAGGAUGCCAGCGACGCGUCGGACCUCAAAGCGCAAAUUAGCGCCCUCGAAGCGCAACUUCAAAGCGAAAAGGAUAAACUCGCCAAGUCGUUGACGGAUGCUGAAGCGCAGCGUGCGGAACUCGAAGCGUCUUCGAAGACGGCGCUCGAGCGAGCGCGAAGUCAAGUCAUCGCCCAAGCCGAGGAUCAACGAAAGAAGUUGGAGCAAAUGUUCUUGGAUGAGUCCGCCAAGGCUCGUGCCGCCUUCGAAGCUGAGGUCGCCGAAUACGAAAAGCUCGUCAAACAAGCGACUGCAGAUUUGAAGAAGGCUCACGCCGACGAGUUGAGCAGUAUUGUUGCGCAACACAAGUCCGAGCUCUCGCAAGCAUUGGCCAAGGUCGACACGACGAGCGCCGGUAAGGUGACCGCGCUCGAAGCUGAAAAGGCCAAGCUCGAGAAGGCGAUCGCAGACACUAACGCUGCGCUGACGAAGGCGAGCGCUGACGCGAAGUCCGCUUCCAACGACGCGGCUUCGGCCAAGGCAGCUCUCGAAAAGCUCGAGCAGGAAGUGGCCUCUCUCACGAACGCGCGAGACGCGGCCUUGGCUCGCGCGAGCGAACUGGAGAAGGAAGUCGCGACUCUCACGAAGAACGCCGUCGAUCCCAAGGAGCUGGCAGCGCUCGCCAGCGCUCGAGACGCCGCCUUGGCUCGCGCGAGCGAACUGGAGAAGGAAGUCGCGACUCUCACGAAGAACGCCGUCGAUCCCAAGGAGCUGGCAACGCUCGCCAGCGCUCGAGACGCCGCCUUGGCUCGCGCGAGCGAACUGGAGAAGGAAGUCGCGACUCUCACGAAGAACGCCGUCGAUCCCAAGGAGCUGGCAACGCUCGCCACCGCCAGGGACGCUGCUCAAGCGCGCGUCGCCGAGCUCGAGAAGUCGCUCGCCGCCAUCGCGGAGGAGAAGUCUGUGCUGGCAAAUAAGCUCUCCAGCGUCGACGCUUCCAAGGCUGCUGAAAUGCAAAAGCUCAAGGAUGAGCUCGCUCAAUUGCAGGCGGACCUUACCAAAGCGCUCGCAAACGCACAGAAUCAACGAGCUUCGGAGAUCGCGCGCUUGACGGCGGAUUUCGAAUCCAAGUAUGCCUCCAUGCAGCAAAAGCACGAAUCCGAAAUCGACGAGCUCUCGCGUCAAGCGCUUGUUGACGUCUCUAGCGCCGAGAAGAGAGCGGACGUGGCCGAAGCGGAAAUCCAGAGACUUCGCAGCGAAACCAAGGACGUGGCCACGUACAAGUCACAAAUCGAGACUAACGAAAAGCAACUCAUCAUCGUUCGCGAAAAGUUGGGCGCCACGGAGAAAAAGCUCGCCGAUUUCUUGGCGCUUUACGGCGAAGAACGCAAGGUUCUCGAGGAAUCGCGCAAGAUUGCGGAUGAUUUGGACCGCAUCAAGCGCCGAUACGCCACGUCCAUGGAGAUCGACGAGUCUACCAUCGACGAAAUCUCCAGCAAGGUCGAAAAGCAACUCGCCGCCGCAGACGACGGCGAAAAGAUGCAAGCCAUGAUGGACGGUCGCGCCAAGGGCGACACCGUCGUCGACGUGCGCGACAUUCCGGUCUGGGCGUACUACGCCCUCGGUGUCGCCACCGCAAUCCUACCAAGAAUCAUCGCCGGCGGCCUUUGA